AUGCAGUCACCGGGGAGGACGAAGCUGACUUUGUACGACCACAACACCCCAGAGCAUCUGAGCCAGCGGGGGCUGACGCUGAUGCGGAUGCACGGCGAUGCAGAUCAGGCAAGGGCCCUGUUUGAGAGGGCUCUUGAGAUUGACCCGCAACACUCUCGCUCCAUGUCAAGUUUCGCCCACUUCCUCCACUCAAGGGACCGAGACCUCGAUCAAGCACAUGAGCUGUUCACUAGAGCUCUGGAAAUCGAUCCUGACAGUGCUGAAACCCACUGCUACCUGGGCGGCCUCUACCUCGACGAUGCUUGCAAGAAGUACGAUAAGGCUGAGAAGCACUUCCAGAGGUGUUUGCAGAUUGAUCCGCAGCAUGUCAAUGCUCUUGCAUUCUAUGGCCUUCUUAAGCAAGAGGUCACGAAGGACUACAAUGCAGCCGAGCGCAUGAUGUCACAAGCGCUGAUGCUGGAGCCGCGUCAUCCAGAGGCCCUCUCGCACUUUGCGACCUUCUUGGGGAAAGUUCACCAGGACUACACCAACGCGGAGAAGAUGUACGAUAUGGUGCUUGAGUUGGACCCUAAGCAUGUGAACACGCUCUGCAACAAGGGGCUGAUCGUUCAAGCGACAUGCGCCAACUACUCGCUAGCAGAGCAGUACUACCAAAGAGCUGUCGAAGUGAGUGAGGAUGAGGAGGGCGUGAUGGUGAUGGAGGAUGGAAGUGGGCACGAGAGAAGUGCUAGGGAGGAGGACGAGGACGAGGACGAGCAGCAGCAGCAGCAGCAGCAGCAGCAGCAGCAGCAGCAGCAGCAGCAGCAGCAGCAGCAGCAGCAGCAGCAGCAGCAGGGGAUUAUUAACUUUUCACUUAUAGGUGGAGCCCAUGCAUGGGCCAUCCUACGGGUUUAUCGCUGUCUUGCAACAUUCGAGAAGGGGAGGCAAGAGUGGGGAAGGGAGAGGGCAGUCGGAGUAGGGAGUGAUGAUUAUCGCCAGAUACAACAAAAGUAUGCAGCAGCUGAAGAAAAUUACAAGGUUGCGAUGAAGUUUAUUCCGAACGACCCGACUGUACUGGCGAACUACGGUCACCUGCUCUAUGACGCCAAGCAAGACAAGCCAGGAGCCGAGGCGAUGUUCAAGAAAGCGCUGCAGGAGGGGUACCAGGACUACGAGACGGCAGCCAAGAUGUACGAGAGAGCGAUAGAGGCCGAACCCAAGCACGUGACCGCCAUCUGCCAAUAUGCCAACAUGCUCGGGGGCAUAGAGGAGCCUCUUCUGACAAGCAGAUCGUACGUAGGAUUUGUCGGUUCUGGGGAGGAGGUACAUCAGGGAGGUCCUCAACUAAGAGUUAUGUGCAUGCAGACCGUGGUCUCGACGCAGAAGUUGCGUCCUCAUCAGAUUGCUGCGAGACAAGAGCUAGAGAGGAGGAGGCAAGCGAAGGUGCAGGCGUCGCGGGAGGAGAGGAAACUGUUGGACGCCAGAGAUGACAAGGCGACAAACAUGACCCAGGAAAGCGAAGUAGCUGGAGCAGAUAAGAUGCCGGAGCUUCGGAUCGCUGAAGAUAUCCCACCGAUGAUCCUAACGAUGAAGAGCUCUUCCAUUCCUUAUGAACCAUACGAGACUCCCGGAAAAUGGUCUCGACGCAGAAGUUGCGUCCUCAUCAGAUUGCUGCGAGACAAGAGCUAG